AUGUUCCAUAUCGCAACGAAUCACGAUAUCAAUCGUCGAGGAGCCAAGACCAGUGUCACCGAGAAUGGACGACUGGAUAUCGACGUCGAAAGGCUUGAAAAGAUAAAUGCUUCUGUUGCACCUCGUUCGCGCUUUCCAGUUUACAAGACACGUAAGAAGAAGGACCUGGAUCAAGAAUGUCCUGCUCCGCCCUCACUCAAUAUAUUGAUCCAAGUUGUCGGGUCUCGUGGAGACAUACAGCCUUUUGUUGCCCUUGGACUCGCGCUUGCUCGGGCAGGCCACCGCAUCCGAAUCGCGACUCACGAAACCUUUAAAGACUUUGUUGAGACUCACGGCCUAGAAUUCUUCAAUAUCGGAGGCGAUCCAAAAAGGCUCAUGGCGUACAUGGUGAAGAACCCCGGCUUGAUGCCCGGCAUGAACAGCCUGCGCAAUGGAGACAUUCAACAAAACCGAGCAGAUAUACGAGAAAUCCUCGACGGGUGCUGGCGAGCAUGCUUUCAAAGCACAGACGAAAACACGAAGCCUUUCUUUGCCCAUGCGAUUAUCGCCAAUCCCCCCUCAUUUGCGCAUAUACACUGUGCAGAGAAAUUAGGCGUACCUUUGCAUCUGAUGUUCACGAUGCCUUGGUCGCCGACCCAGUCUUUCCCUCACCCCUUGGCAAACAUACAUGCCUCUUCUUCGAAAGGAAGCAUGAUGAAUUACCUAUCCUAUAUAUUUGUUGAAAUGCUCACAUGGGAAGGAUUAGGAGAUGUCAUCAACUCAUUCAGAAGCAAAACACUGGGACUCAAGCCUCUGGACAGAGCUUCUGGACCCACCAUUGUGUCUCAACUUCGUAUUCCGUACACCUACUGCUGGUCGCCAAGCUUAAUCACCAGGCCUGAGGACUGGGCCGCGCACAUUUCCAUUUCGGGAUUUUAUUUUUUGCCCAUGUCAUCUCCAUACACUCCCCCUCCAGCGUUGAAGGAGUUCCUCAAUGGGUCGCCUCCGAUCUACAUCGGGUUUGGCUCUAUCAUUGUGGACGACCCUAAGAAAUUGACUUUAUUGUUGUUGGAAGCAGUACGUCUGGCUGGAGUAAGAGCCAUCAUCUCACAAGGAUGGGGGGAACUGGGCAGCGAAGACUUGGUGAUUCCUCCAAACGUCCAUCUUCUGGGCAAUUGUCCCCAUGACUGGAUUUUCCAAAAGGUUUCUUGCGUUGUGCACCACGGCGGCGCCGGUACAACUGCUGCGGCUAUGGCUGCUGGGAAGCCAUCGAUCAUCGUUCCCUUCUUUGGUGACCAGCCAUUCUGGGGGGAGAUGAUCGCGAAAAUAGGGGCAGGCCCCAAGCCCCUCCCGUUCAAAAAGCUGACUGCGCCCGAUCUGGCUGCCGCAAUUGGCGCUGCCCUUGAACCAGAUAUCAUUCGGAGAGCAAAAGAACUCGGGGAACAAGUUCACCAAGAGAGCGGCGUCGAUGCGGGAGUUACAUCGUUCUACCAUCAACUUAAGCAUUCUAAAUUGGGUUGCGCGAUUGCAAGCUCGCACGCAGCGGCUUGGAAAAUUCGAGGAACGAACAUCCAGCUCGGCUCGGGUGCCGUGGCGCUUCUAGUAGACAGAGAUCUACUCGGUACUGACAAAAUUGAGCUACUUCGACCACAAAAAUAUGACUUGAACGUCGGACCUCGAGAUCCGUUUUCGGGAAUGGCUCUUUCCCUUAUUGACUCAACUAGUGAAAUCGGCAAAGGCCUCAACAACUUUGGUGCGUCAACUAAAGAGCUCUUCCGAUUAACUUUCGAGAAACAGUCCGUGGCCUCAAGCAAGAGAUCUGCAUUUGCCUCUGGCCUACAGGGUAUCGGAGAAGCCUCUGUCAAUGUGGUUCGAGCUCCCAUAGAUCUUGUCUUCGCAUUUACUCAAGGUCUACACAAUGCGCCGAAACUCUGGGGUGACCACAAUGUCGAGUUGCCCGAGACGAUCGAGGGUCUACAAAGCGGGCUCACAGCAGCCAGCAAGGAACUUGUCUUUGGUGUCUACAACGGGUUAUCCAGCCUCAUCUUGUUUCCCAGAGAAUCUGCCUCUCACCGGAAGAAAUUUGAAAUUCUCACGGGGAUAGGCUAUGGAACAGCUUCGUGUAUCACGAAAACUUUGUCUGGCUUGACCGCAAUCGUCACGUAUCCUCUGAAGGGGCUUGAUGUGGAACUCUCUAAAGCUCUGUCUACGAAAAAGCUUACCGCUCUAGAGAUAGAGCUUCUCAGCCAAGGCGCGAGGGAUACGGCCCACAUCAACGAUGAAUACAUCAAUGUGGUCUUAGAUCGAUGGAAGGUUAUAACGCGGGGCGUCAGGAAAGGAAAGCUGAAGAAGAGAACCACACCACAGCCUCAUGGACGGGCAAAGAAGAUCGCCGAGCAGUUUCAACGUGUACCCGAUAAUCUCACUGCAGAUGCUGGUUCUCUCCCAGCUCAAUGUAGCGAGCGAAUACUGGAGAGCUUAUCGUCUGUCGUCCCCGGUCCGUCAAAUCCGGUAGUUGGGGACGUUAAGGCAGCGUCCGCAGGUGCUAGCCUCAGGGUAAAGAACGUGAAGAAUGUACUAGCGGACUUCAUGGAUAAAUCUGCCCCGCAAGCCAAUCCUAGCCCUGUUUCCGGGGACUCGCUUCUGGAUCGCAUCAACUAUUCCGAGUGCUGGAAGGCGGCGUUAGCAGCAAUCGAAGUUGUCCAGAGACACCGGGCAAUCAAAGCAUUGGACGACAUUGCAGAGCAUCUCGGCGACAGGAACUGCAUCACUGUGUCGGGUGCCAGCGGUUCCGACGGCUUUGCCCGGCCAGAAGAUCAACGAUAUUGA